AGAAAUUAAAGAGAAGAUAUGAGGGUUAGUUCGUAUUCAGAUCUGAAAUGAAUUUCUGUUGAUCUCGAAAUUUUUUGUUGGAGAGAUUCGUCGAAAGCUUGUGAUGGUAUUGUUGUUUUGAUUUCAUUUAUGUUUAAACAGGGUGACCAUCUACUACUGAUAGCCGGUCUAACUGUUUUCAAGAAGGGAAGAAAGAGCAAAAGAGUCUGAACCUUGCGGCCCAUGAAUCCCAGGAGGGAAUUGCGUAACCAUAGAACCGCUCUCUUUGAUGGCAUUGAGGAGGGUGGGAUUAGAGCCUCCUCAUCAUACUCUUCCCAUGAAAUUGAUGAACACGACAAUGAUAGAGCUGUUGAUGGAUUGCAAGACAGAGUCAAUCUACUGAAGAGAUUGACUGGAGAUAUACACGAGGAGGUUGAGAGUCAUAACCGUGUACUGGAUCGAAUGGGUAAUGAUAUGGAUUCGUCAAGGGGAAUCCUGUCUGGAACUGUGGAUCGAUUCAAGUCGGUUUUCGAGACCAAAUCAAGUCGGAGAAUGCUUACACUUGUGGCGUCUUUCGUUGUCAUCUUCCUGAUCAUAUACUAUCUGACUAGAUGAUCAAUAUAUCAAAGAUUUAC